GCUUCACGAGAUACGACGUAUAACUCGCGCAGAGCUUUCUGUCGACAUCAAAUAAAUCUACAGUUAGCAAGAACAGCAUUUGAUAUCAGUGUUAGUUUUAAAUUAUAGUGUAUAGUGACCAGUCUGCCGAUAGUGUCUACGUACCGGCCGGCUUCAUAUCAACGUACCGGCUUUGAGCCCGUUUUCGCUAACGAUAUUUGUUUUAAUCAGAGUCGAGUAUAAAUCAGAAUCAUGAGGGACGAGCGUGCCGGGCCGCCGCGUGUCCGCAUCGCCGUCAUCGGGAGCACCCGCGUCGGCAAGUCAGCUUUGAUCGUUCGGUAUCUGACGAGGAGAUACAUUGGAGAAUAUCAUUCAAAUACAGAUCUCCUGUACAAACAGACGGUGCCAAUAAAUGGCACACCAGUUGAACUGGAGGUCAUUGACGUCUCCGGUUCCAACACUGACAAAUUCCCAGCAGAACAGAUCCAAUGGGCAGACGCUUGCUUAUUAGUUUACUCCGUAACGGACAGAAGCAGUUUUGAAUACGCUACAGAAGUACUAAACACAUUAAAGAAGAACCCACCUCACGGCAGCCCAGCGCACGGCGCGCCCUCUGCCGCCAUGCCUCUAGCACUUCUCGGAAACAAGACUGAUUUGGAUCACUUAAGACAGGUGCCAACCAAGGAGGGUCAGGCGAUGAGCCAAGCGCACGGCGCGUCCUUCAGCGAGGCGAGCGUGGCCGACAACUCCGGUGACCUGUACCGCUGUGUUGACCGCCUCCUUGCCGACGUGCGUUUACCACAGCGUACUAGAAAGUUCUCCGUCACUAAGAUGCUCGGCUCACUAAUAGGAACCACAGCGAACUCGAGCGGAGCGAGUCGCAGCGGAUCUAUGGUGGCGUGCCCGCGCGUGCCGGCACCUUCGCGGCCGCCGCUCGCCGCCGCCGCGCCCUGACCGCGCUGAUGCUUAGCCGGCGCCUGGCUGGCUUGCCUCCCGGUGCCCUCACGGUUCACCUCCCCCACACCGCUCUCAGCAGGCAUUUAAACAAACUUUUGGUGAAGGGAAGAUCAAGUGAUAGACUCUAUAUGGUGGCAACACAUUGGUAUCUGUUCUAGAAGUAUUGUUACAUUUUAAUCACGAUAUGCGAUUGUUUAUAUUUACCAUGAUGGAAUACAAUAAAAGCUGUCUGCCACCGUAUUUCUAGUACAGUCACUAUGGUAUGUUUAGUAAACUCAUUUAAGCAACCGUAUUGUGCGAUACGUAUUUCUGAUACCAGUAUAUCGGAUCAGUAUAUCUUAAAAAUGAUUUUAUACGAAACAAAGACUAAGAAAGUUAUGAAAUGCGUAAUAUAAGUGAACGUUACAAGGUAAUGCCAGUGGUAUAUGAUAUAUGGGGAGUAUUUAGACAUGGAUCUUUUACCAAAAAAUUUGGUGACUAGUCGUUAAAUCAAACUCUAUGUGUCGGAGCGUAGUUAGAGCUUUAUCGUGUAUCGCUUCUGAAAAAUUUAUAUCUGAUACUUGUAUUGGCACAUAUCGUUGUCUCUGUUUUUUUAAAGAUAUUGUAAGAGAUGACAGUAUUUGUCAACACAAGUGUAAUGGCAAUCAAAAAUCACUGUAACAAAGUGAAUAUUGUUUACAAUAUCUAUGUAAAAUACGUUCCAUUUGUUAAUUAUGACAAUAAUUAUGCAAAAAAUAAUAUGAACGUAUAAAUUUGUAAAUAUCUUAUUUAUCAGUAGCUAAUUGAAAUUAAAAAGAAGAUAAUAGAAUCUUUUGAUGUUGCAAACUUUUUAUGUUAUAAAUGACGAAGACGCCUGUACAUAUGUGCCAAAGAUAUCAAUGUGCGAUAAUAUCUUUAUAAUUAUACAUUUAUAAAUGUUCUGAUUAUACAAAAUACUAUAUUAUCAUAGAAACUACACUUCUUAUACCAAAGAUGUUAUUUUUUCUUUAUUUGUAUAGAAAUUACCAAAGUGAAUAGACACAAUAGUACAAAAAAGAAUUUUGGAAUACUUCAAAAGUUUAUUCCUAUACAUAAUAAUGAUAGUAUAAUAAUUGACAUCUUAAUGAAGUAUUAAAUCUGGAUUUUUUUUAAAUUGCAUCCCCUGAACCAUUGUAACCAAAGCGUUGUAACCCCUGAAAAAGUAAAUUUCUAAUAAAAUAAUUUUAUUAGUAAAUAUUUAUAACCUAACAUUAUUUUU